AUGGACACUACCGUUGGCGAAAAUCACGAACUAAAUCAAAAAUCUGAACUCUCUGAGCUCAAGACUGAUUUUCAAAUAUUUGAUGAGCCUGAUGAUGAGUUGGAAGAAUUUGAUGAAAUAGAGAAUAUUGUUACGGUAGACGAUCCUGAAAUCGCAGAUUGGAAUGAAGACUGGGAAACAGCUGGGUGGGACGAUGAAGAUAUCGAAACGGAUUUUAUCAAAAAAAUACUACAAGAAUUAGAAAGUUAUAGAAAGGCACAGAAAAGUGCACAGUAG